GGGGGGCCCGCCCGCUGGCUCGUUUCCGGUUCGGUGGGUCCAUGAUGACGGAGUCGGGCGCCUCUCCCGAGGACCCCUGGGUCAAGGUGGAGUAUGCCUACAGCGACAACAGCUUGGACCCUGGGCUUUUUGUAGAAUGCACCCACAAGGGGAGUGUAGUGUCCAGAGCUAAUAGCAUCGGUUCCACCAGUGCCUCUUCCGUUCCCAACACAGAUGACGAGGACAGUGAUUACCAUCAGGAGUCCUACAAGGAGUCCUACAAGGACCGGCGGCGGCGAGCACACACUCAGGCUGAGCAGAAGAGGAGAGACGCCAUUAAGAGAGGCUAUGAUGACCUUCAGACCAUCGUCCCCACCUGCCAGCAGCAGGACUUCUCCAUUGGCUCCCAGAAGCUCAGCAAAGCCAUUGUUCUACAGAAGACCAUUGACUACAUCCAGUUUUUGCACAAGGAGAAGAAAAAGCAGGAAGAGGAGGUGUCCACGCUACGCAAGGAUGUCACAGCCCUAAAGAUCAUGAAAGUGAACUAUGAACAGAUUGUAAAGGCACACCAGGACAACCCCCAUGAAGGGGAGGACCAGGUCUCUGACCAAGUCAAGUUCAACGUGUUUCAAGGCAUCAUGGACUCCCUGUUCCAGUCCUUCAAUGCCUCCAUCUCUGUGGCCAGCUUCCAGGAGCUAUCGGCCUGUGUCUUCAGCUGGAUUGAAGAGCACUGUAAGCCUCAGACCCUACGGGAGAUUGUAAUUGGAGUCCUGCACCAACUGAAAAACCAGCUUUACUGACCGGCUCUUAGAAACCUGCAGAACAGUCAACAGGAGGCCCUUGAGUCUUUCUAUUUGGCCACAGAGCUGCUGGGCCUAUGAGAUUGAACUACAACACCUCACACUGGUCAGCUGGUUUCUACUUGGUGUUUGGUUUUUCCCAGCCCCACUUCAUCUUCAGUGGGGCUGGAGUGUUUGUUUUGUGAAAGCUUCUGAUUAAUUUAUUAUGUUGACCAUAAAACUCAAACCUACCCAGUCUUCCUCCUCCCUAAGGAAGUCCUUGGGAUGGGGGUCUGCUCUGGGCAUGCCAAAGAGCCCCUGGCCUCUCAACCCUUUCUCUAAGCCUCAGAUUUCUGCUCAUGAUUUACAUAUAUUUGGAAACUGCCUCUGUUUUGGUCUCUUGGGCAACAUUUGGCCCAAGUUUGGCCAUUUUGGCAGUAGUCAGAUGGGAGAAAAGGAGUAUGAGGAAAUACUCUCAUAGCCAUGAAAGGCCACCUUGUGCCGAGACUAGGGCAGCCUUGUCAGUCCAAGGUGAGGCCAGGGCGUUCUGGCCUGCUCAGGACUGGGCUACCAGAUCCCUACCCCUCUCCCUUCCAAUUCUCUCACCUCAUCCCUCCCUAUCGACUCCUGCUUUCUGAUCCCAUAGGCAGUAGUACUGCACGGCAAAGGCAGGUGUGACACAGCACUACAUAUUUGAAAUUUUUAUUUUUCUAAACACCAACAAUGCAAUUUUGCUAAAGUUACAAUUUUGGAAAAUCAACUGGGCCUCAAAACCACCCCAGCCUUUCCGUCAAGUGUAUUUGGAUCUCUACCAUCUCUCAGUGUUGCCGGCAUUUCUCCUAGGACUUGGAGGUGGGGUGAAAGAGUAAAGAUACUCAAAAUUUCUCCUGGGGUGCCUAAGCCCAGAGAAUCCUGGGUGAAGCCUUAGGCUCUUCAAACGCUGGUGUAUAGUAGUCUCUCUCUAUUCUUGUCCCCCAAGCUCCCUUCUGCCUUUCACAGGUUUUAUGUCUGGGAGGUUUAAUGUUCCAGAGGAAAUUAAAUAUUUUUAUAUCAAAUUAUAUUACAAUAAAUACUGCCAAAUGCUUUCCUUUA